CCUUCCUUGGCUUCCCGUUCCCGUUCCCGUCCCCCGCGUGGACUGAAAACACAACUCCGUCACCAUUUUUAUUAUUCUUCACGUCUCGGGCGAUACCUGCCUGGUAGCACUUAAAAAGAAUCAAAAGCAGUGCAGUAGAUCUAGAUGGGCAUCUGUAGCUCCUGCGAGUCCGGGUCCGCUUCCACUGCGAAGCUCAUUCUCCAGGACGGACAGCUGCAGGAGUUCCCUUACCCGGUGAAAGUCUCCUACGUGCUGCAGAUGAACCCGUCCUGUUUUAUUUGCAACUCUGACGAAAUGGGCUUCGACGACUUUGUAUCGGCUAUCAGUGCCGACGAGGAACUUCAACCCGGUCAGCUCUAUUUUGCGCUGCCGUUGAGUAGAUUAAAGUAUCCCCUCCAGGCGGAGGAGAUGGCCGCAUUGGCUGUUAAGGCCAGUUCCGCUCUCAUGAAGAGUGGGUAUGGUAGUGGGGAGAAAUGCCGGUGCCGCCGGAAAGGGGUGGUACCCAUGUUAUUUUCCGGCAAGACACAAGUAAAGAAAUCACUGCAAGAGGCGGGUUCAGGCAGGGUUGGUAUGGUGGAGAAUAGAAGAGGAGGGAGGAAUGGUGGAAGCUUCAAGUCCAAAUUGAAUGCCAUUCCAGAGUAGUAUAACUGACGACAGCUAGGAUGUUCUUGGAAUCAUUAAUAGAGCAUAGGCAGGCCGCAGGCCCUGAUCCCUGGAAAUCUGUAAAUAUUUAAAAAAGAAAAAAAAAAGAAAUUUUGGGGUUUUACAUUUUCUUCUUCUGUUUUGUUUUUGUUAAAGAGGAAAGAAAGUAAUGAGAUGUGGCUGCCUGCUGCAAUUUCAAGCAC